CCCCGCCAUUUCUGCCUUUUCAGGUUUCCAAGCAUUGUUCAUUCCGCCUCAACUUGGACACCGAAAACCAACGAGCCUCUUGCCAAAAACGCUGUGAAGCACAUUUUGCCGGCACUGAACGGAUUGGUCGGUCUGUCUUCAGAUCUCAGAAUGUCUUUUUUUCGCAAAACCUUGAGCCGCGGUGACAGCCCGGAAAGGAAGGCAGAACCCGAAAAUAAAGAUACAUAUAGUUGUACGGAGGCAACACCAACAACACCGAAACCAGGUACAGGAUUGGAAUUUCCGUGCGAGGAAGUAAUGAGAUCGAGAUAUCAUGAUCCUGGAAAGUUGAAGAAGUCACUGGAUUCAAUCUAUGGCCAAGGGAAUUAUAAAGUUAAGGAAAAAGCCAACAGAUAUAUCCUCAUACUACCCAAGCCGUUGAAAAAGGGCGAACUCGCAGCAAUCGAAAAACGCAUUAGAGUACACUACAACGACUGAUUAUAUCGGAAGUGGAUGUGAAGGUAGACGAGUCGCCUAGCCCUUUCAUCGUUGAACAGGGAAACAUGGUUUCUACCUAUAUGAUUGAGAUCUGGUAAGGGCUUAAGUACAGUUCUUGCUUCUAGGCUUUGGCUUGAGAGCGUGAAGGAUUUGUAGUCCAUUCAC